AUGAUCUGGUCCACUCUUCUUGCGUUUGCAAUAGUUGCCGAGGCGGCCCCCCAGUUUGGGAUGCCCGGAGCUGGGGGCGGCGGAGGAGGUCGAGGAUUCAGUCUUAUCCGAUUCGGGUGCUCCGAAGUUGUGAUAACGCGUCUAGAUCCGCUCGUCAACCCGGGCAUGGCGCCGUCCACUCACAUGCAUCAAGUCGUUGGAGGGAACGCCUUUAACGCAUCCAUGCCCUCGACCGAUAUUUCCAAGCUUGCCACUUGCACAACAUGCACCUUCGCCGACGACUUGUCCAACUACUGGACCGCCAACAUGUACUUCAAGGCCCGUAACGGCACGUACAUGCGAGUGAAGCAGAUCCCCAACCGAUUCUUGGAUGGCGCCGAUGCUGGAAUGACUGUCUACUACAUGUCUCCCGGCGCCGGAAAAGUGACUGCCUUCCAGCCGGGAUUCCGCAUGCUUUACGGUGAUGCUGCCCGCCGCGAGAAGGAUGGAAACGGGUGGAAGACUCAGAGUUGUUUCCGUUGUUACUCAGGCCCCAACUUUGGUGGCGACGUCAUGUCCCCUUGUGCCGAUUCGAAGCUCGAUUUUGAAGAACUACCUCCCCAUGCUUGUGCUGGUGGUAUCCGGUCGACAGUUAACUUCCCCACUUGUUGGGAUGGAAAGAAUCUAGACAGCGUCAAUCAUCAGGAUCAUGUUUCCUAUCCCGCUAGCGGGCCAACUUCCUUCUCUCAAUUCGGAACAUGUCCCGACAGUCACCCAGUCAUGAUUCCCCAGAUCUCUCUCGAGAUCGUCUGGGACACUACUCCGUUCAACGACCCGGAGCUCUGGCCAGAGGACGGCUCACAACCAUUUGUCCUGAGCAUGGGAGACGCUACUGGAUACGGCCAGCACGGUGACUACGUGUUUGGAUGGAAAGAUGAUGCCCUGCAGAAGGCUAUGGACGGCGCUUGCUUUGGACCUACGUGUGCUGGUCUCAAAACGCAGGCGUACGCGGACGCCAACAAGUGCAGAGUCCAGGAUUAUAUUAACGAGGAGAAGGACGGCUGGCUCACUGAAUUGCCGGGACAGCGUGUGGAGGAGUCUCACUAG